AUGUCUUCGUUGAUAGAUUCGGAUUAUGUUAGUGAGAGCAGUCUGGCAAAUCUACGGCUAUACAAAUAUGCAUCUAUCGAUAAGUCGCCACUCUCGAAAUAUAUCUUGAGGCCAUACUGGGAUUGGGCAGUUAAGCUAUUUCCAAUGUGGAUGGCGCCAAAUUUAAUCACUCUAUGUGGCCUGGGAUUUAUUCUGGUGAAUCUUGUUUGUGUAAUGGUGUUCUUGCCAGACCUUGUUGGACCAGGAGCACCUUGGCUUUACUACAGCUUUGCAGCCGGCCUCUGGUUAUAUCAGACAUUUGAUAACGUAGACGGUCGUCAAGCACGUCGAACAAAGAGUUCUUCACCACUCGGCGAACUUUUUGAUCAUGGUUGUGACGCACUGAACUGUUCAUUUGGGGCCAUCGUGCAUGCUGCCGCAAUGGGGCUUGGACACUCGUGGUACUCUGCAUUCCUAUUGCUUGUCACAACUUUACCAUUCUAUUUAUCAACGUGGGAAGAAUACCAUACUGGUAUUUUGUACCUCGGUUAUAUCAACGGACCAACGGAGGGUCUUGUAAUCGCUUGUAUUAUGAUGAUCUUGAGCGGUAUAUUUGGACCCGGAAUAUGGUUAACUGAUAUACGAGAAUUGUUUGGAGAAGGGAUACCCGAAUUUAUUCCCAAGGGAUAUCAUCUUGUUGAUGUUAUGGUUUUCUUCAUGGCAGUGGGAAUGAUUUUCAUACAUACUCCAGCGAGUUUAUACCAUGUAUACAAAGCCUGUGCUCAACGCUCCACAUCAUUCCUCGCAACUCUUCCUCAGCUGUUUUCAAUUGUAUUGUACUCUCUCUGUGGAUACCUAUGGCUUGCUUCCCCCCACUCAUACAUCUUCCGAGAUCAACAUUUUAUCCUAUUUGCCCUAACCACUGGUAUUGUAUUUGGACGUGUUGCCACGAAAAUUAUCCUUGCACAUGUCACGAAGAUGCCUUUCCCAAUGUAUACAGUUUUAUUGAUUCCGUUACUCGUUGGGGCGCUCCUCACCAACAUACCAGUAUGGCUCAAAACUGAUACUAUUUUGACUCCAAAGGCCGAAUACUAUUAUCUUUGGAGUUACUUUGGAUUUGCUGCAAUUGCUUAUACACAUUGGGCAAAUCUUGUGAUAUCCAGAUUCUGUUCGUAUCUGGGAAUCAACUGUCUCACCAUUCCUGCAUCUAAGAAACAAAUCUAG